ACUUUCCCACUCUUUUUUCUCUCUUUCAAAACCCUAACCCUAACUCUAGACCGUAGAAGACAAAGCAGAAGGAGAAGAAGAUGCUGGAGUUGAGGCUGGUUCAGGGGAGCCUUCUAAAGAAGGUUCUAGAGGCGAUCAAGGACCUGGUUAACGAUGCCAACUUCGACUGCUCCGCCACCGGAUUCUCUCUCCAGGCCAUGGAUUCCAGCCACGUAGCCCUUGUUGCUCUGCUCCUCAGAUCGGAGGGCUUCGAGCACUACCGCUGCGAUCGGAACAUCUCCAUGGGCAUGAAUCUCAAUAACAUGGCCAAGAUGCUGAAGUGCGCCGGAAAUGAUGACAUUAUCACCAUCAAGGCCGAUGACGGCAGUGACACUGUCACCUUCAUGUUUGAAAGCCCUACCCAAGAUAAGAUUGCUGAUUUUGAGAUGAAACUGAUGGACAUUGAUAGCGAGCACCUUGGUAUUCCCGAAGCAGAAUACCAUGCUAUUGUUCGGAUGCCUUCAUCUGAGUUUCAAAGGAUUUGUAAAGAUCUUAGCAGCAUUGGUGACACAGUUGUUAUCUCUGUGACAAAAGAGGGUGUGAAGUUCUCAACACGAGGUGAUAUUGGGACUGCAAAUAUUGUUUGCAGGCAGAAUACUACUGUGGACAAGCCGGAGGAAGCAACAGUAAUAGAGAUGAAUGAACCGGUUUCAUUAACAUUUGCACUGAGAUACAUGAACUCCUUCACAAAAGCAACCCCAUUAUCAAACACUGUUACAAUUAGCUUAUCCUCAGAGUUGCCUGUUGUGGUUGAGUAUAAGAUUGCAGAGAUGGGUUAUAUCAGGUUCUACUUGGCACCCAAGAUCGAAGAGGAUGAGGAUGAGACCAAGCCCCAAGCCUAAUUCCUCAGCAUUUCCAGCAAAUUCUACAUUCCUAUUUCUAUUCCUCUUUUCCUCCCUAAACUUCAUGUUGAGAGGAUGUUGCUUAUACAUUUUCUGAGGAUAUUAUCAAUGUAGGCAAGUGUUGUAUUUGCUUUUAGAAAACGUGAUGUGGUGGUUAGUUUUUGUUUUUUCGCUUGUGAGUAUGACUAGUACAAGAGCUUCAUCCCCCUGCUUUUUUCAUUCUGAGCUCAACUUGGAUUGAAGCUUUUAUUGAAUGUUGCAGGUUUGAUUGAUCUGUUUGAGGUAAAUUUCAUUUUCACUUCAAGCUAAUGAUGAAUGAAAUUUCAAACUA